GAACAUAGAUGGCAUCUUGCACAGAGAAGUACUAUUUAUGUCAAAUUGCAAUUUAAAUAUUAAUUUCAUCAAAAUAUAAAAAAAUAACGAAACAAAAAUCUAUUAACAAAAAAAUAUACGAAUCUAUAAUCAUGUUUCCAUCUUUGUAUACAAUUCGUACUUUUUUUAAUUACAAAAAUGUUAGAAGAUUACAAACUUCAAUCAUUCGUACUUCAGAUCAAUUAUUUGUUCAUAGAGAUAGUGAAGUUGAUAAUCCAAGUAUACCAUUUGAAUUCAAUGAAGCAAAUAAAAAACGUAUUGAAGCUCUUUUGAAAAUUUAUCCUGAAGGUCAUAAACGUGGUGCAAUGAUACCUCUAUUAGAUUUGGCUCAACGACAAUAUGGGUGGUUACCCAUUUCUGCUAUGCACAAAGUAGCAGAAAUAUUAAAUAUACCUCGUAUGAGAGUUUAUGAAGUUGCAACAUUUUAUACAAUGUUUAACAGAAGACCAAUGGGAAAAUAUCAUGUACAAAUUUGUACUUGUACUCCAUGUUGGUUACGAGAUUCCGAUUCUAUUGUAGAAGCUGUAACUAAGGUUACAAAUUGUAAAGUCGGAGAAAUGUCUGCAGAUAAACUUUUCACAGUUUCUGAAGUAGAAUGUCUUGGUGCUUGUGCUAAUGCACCAAUGUUUCAAGUUAAUGAUGAUUAUUAUGAAGAUUUAACUCCUGAAAGUGCUAUUUCUAUAAUAAAUGCAUUUAAAAAAGGAGAAAGACCACCACCAGGACCACAAAAUUCUCCUAGAUUUGCAGCAGAUCCAGCAGGAGGUUUAACAUCAUUAACAUCUCCACCACCAGGACCGGGAUUUGGAGUUAGAUCAGAUUUAUAAUUGUAUAAUUUGCUUAAAUAGUUAAGAAAUUUAGUAUUGAUUAAAUGUUUAAAUAGAUAAUAGAUUUAAUAUUAAAAAGAAAAACUCAAUUAUAUUUUAAAAUUUGUUUCAAUUCAAUCAAAUCUUUUUAUUUUAUAACAUUCAAAAAAUAAUCAUUUUUAAUUUACUUAUUGUCUAUUUCUGUAUUUAUUAAAAAUACGUUAAAAUAAGAUGGUUCUAUCUCAUUACUA